AUGCCAAAGAAAAAUUCCACCAGUUCCGGCAAAGAAUCCAAGCCGAAGACCCAGCCCGUCGGUUGGAUCUGGCCCAAAGAUCCUCAGCCAGGAAACCCCAGCAGCUGGCCUCGCUUCAAGCGCUUCUCAGAUGUGAUCAGCGGCAAAGGACCUGAUAUCUUCAUCGGCACUAUCGGGAGAAAGCCCAAGACUGUCACCAACAAGGAUAUGCCCGGGAGAUCGGUUUCAAGCACCAACUGGGCGAGGUGGGACGUGGAGCCAGAAGAAGAUGAUUCCCCAUUUCCGUGGGCCCGCCGCGAAAAAGAUGUGAAAUAUGAUUACAAGACUCGCAAAUAUGUGGUGCCGGACGAUGAGACAUGGAGUGCAGUGGAGUAUGCGGACUGCGAGUGGGAUAACGGCAAAUGGAGGAAAAGGAAAGUGACUCCUUCAACACCGAUCCGAUACUGGGAUCGACAUGACAGGGUGCAUUGGUGUCAGAAGCCUGAGCAGGUGAUUGAGGAGAGGGUCGAGGAUGCCGUGGGGGGUGAUGGUGUUCCGAACGGUAGAUGUAACGGCCAUUGUCAUCCCAGCCACCAUGGUCAUAAGUCGGGCGUUGUGAGUCCUGGGCAUUUGCACACACACACCCUCGCCCCUAAUGGCCAUUGCCAUGGUUGUUGUUGCGAAGGAAUGGCAAUCUAG